ACAGCGCGCGCGAUACAAACUCUAUCAUAACACACGUACAGUAUGUCAGCUGUCAGAGUACUUCCAUCGAUCGGCUGGCGGGUGGUCCAGCGGGCCGGGCCCGCCGGCCAUGCAUCGCCGCGCCUAGCCUCUUGCAUGCUUACGCGCUCGAUCACUAGCUAUAGCAGUCCAACUUGCCAAAAUGGAGCCUAAGCCAUGGGAGUCUGUUUGGACUGCAGUUUCCAGUUCUCAAGAUGGCCAUAGAGGAUAUGUCACGUCAGUGGAAGAGGCCAACAGAGUCCAAGACUUGUUUGAGAUCGAGACUGCCAUCAAAUACAACAUCGAAUCCAAGAAAAAGGCUUCUUUUGAUCUGACUCUACCCAACAGCUCUCUCAACAGACUCAAGCCCAACGACAUCGAGCUCGAGCCUCCAGUACAAGGUGGAUCCGAGGCCGAGGAGCGUCAGCAAGCUCCAGAGCUCUCUUCCUCGAGUGGAUUGCCGCAGAGAAUACGAUUUGAAGACAUUGGGGAUCUAGUGCCAUCAGAUGGCGUGCCAUUUGUGUCCUCAUACAAGAGGACAAAUUCCUGCAUGUUUGGCAGGAAUAAACAUGCGACACAAAAGAGGCGAACUGAAAGAGAAAAGGAGAAUGAGCUCAAGAAAGAUCAUCCGUUGCCUCUGAAGAGAAGGUACAGGAUGCUCCAACCGUCUCGCAAAAAAGGCUGUCCAGCUGCAAUUGAGAUGAAGGAAGUUAUAAGAUUUCCUGACUUCAAGAUUGCUCCAGAUGCCACAACAUGGAAAAGAAAGUCUGUGAGUGCAAAAAUCAGAGAUGCACUGUCAAAAGGAGAAGAGCUGCAGACAGAAAAGCGCAUCUAUAUAAAGCUCCCCUCCAGUGAAGACCAUCAAUGCCAUGAUGUAGGAAAGAUGACAGGGUUUCUCAAGCCUAUCGAUAAGAGAUUGUCACAAAGGCUGACUGAGUUGGUUGGGCAUGGCGUUUCAAGUGUCCAGGAGAUGAAGCGCCACCUUCGAAUCCAUGUAGAGACUGUUCUGUAUCCGGAUCUGGAAAUUAGGCCACAAGGGACAGACACAGCCUUCUACCCAACAGAUGAAGUCCUUGCUAGUCGCAUAUAUGCCGCUAAAAUGCACCUUCGGAUUCCUAGGAAACGAACGUCUCAAUAUGGAAUAUUCUGUAAAAUGGAUGUCCCUAACUUGAAGGAGGAAGUUGAAAAGUGGAAGAAGCAGUCUCCCAAUGACAAGUUUUGCCUGAGUUUAGGCUCAGGCAAUGUAGAUUCCACUGGAGAUACGUAUGUCAUCUCGGGUGUGGAAGAAGAGGUCAUCCCAUCAUCGUCAGGGACAAGGGAAUUCUUCUUUUGCCACCAGACUGCAUUUCAGAGGCACUUGUUGCACAGGUAUGGAAAUGAUAUGACAUUUCUGGAUGCCACAUAUCGGACAACCAAGUAUGCACUUCCCCUAUUCUUCCUUGCUGUCCGUACGAAUGUUGGCUACAGUGUUGUAGCUGAAUUCAUAGUGGAGGCGGAAACAAGAGCUGCCAUCACCAGAGGCCUCCAGACCAUCAAGCAGUGGAUGGAGGAGGAACACCUUCCAUGGGAGCCAGCAUGUUUUAUGACUGACUUCUGCGAAAGGGAGAUCUCGGCAAUUGAGGAAGUUUUCCCAGAAUGUAGAUCAUACAUCUGCGACUUCCACAGAGAGCAGGCUUGGCUAAGGUGGGUUAGCAAGGCUGAUAAUGGAGUUCUGUCAUCGAAAGACACUGUGCUAGCACUUCUUCGCCAUUGUGCGCAAACAAAUUCCCCGCAUGAGUUUGAACUAGCUGUGAAUCAGCUUCAGCAUUCGACAGUAUGGAGGAACAAUGAACGUCUUCAGAGAUGGAUAACACGCACAUGGCUCCCUCAUUGUAAGCGCUGGGCCUGGGCAUUUCGUGUAGAAGAAGGCUUGACAGCUCACACCAACAAUGGGGUAGAGUGCCAGAACAGGGUGUUCAAGUACAAGUUCCUGGCAGACAGAACAUCCCUCCCUCUUUCUGGUAUGAUAUCUGCUCUUCUCACUGAGUAUCUGCCAGACAGAAGAAGAAAAUACAUCAUUGCGAACAGCAAGGCAAAUUCUGCAUGUGGCAGAUCCUACAGCAGGGAAGUCCCAGAGUACCUACAUGACAGGCCUCCAGGAUUUGUGAUGCACUGUUUGAAGCGACUAGAAUCGGCACAUGGUCUGAGAAAGAGGGACAUUGAAAGAACUGCAGAACAAAGUUUUGUGGUCAAAAGUGAAACAAUGAUGGGCCGUCGGAGAUAUGCCGUCACUCUGACGGAUAACUCGCUUUGCUGUCAGUGUAUGGAUUGGCUGAGAUCGAGAAGACCCUGCAAACACAUGUUUGCCAUCAUGCUCCAUGUAGAGGGGAUGUCUCUCCCAUCCAACUACCUUGGUCUGCCAUUUAAUACGCUGGACAGCGAAGUUGAGUCCUUUCUGGAGUCGACCCAGGACGUGUCGGUGGAAGCAGAGCAGGAAGAGAUCGCUGACCUAGAAGAUGGCCUUGAGGAAUGUGCCAUCAAUAUCCAGAAGGGCAGCAUUCUUAAAAGGACAGCGGUCUCUUGCAGAGAGAAGCUGAUGCUGCUUAGAGACAUGAGCUACCUCUGCACCAGUGAGCCACUCCUGCUGGCUAUGGAGCAACAGCUUGAUGCCACCAUCCACUAUAUCAGGGAGAAUCUGUUCUCUGAAGGAGGCCUUAUUGUGGAUGAAAGGCGCUGCCAGACAAAAAAACGGCACAGAUCCGUCUCUACGGUUUCAAUGCAGCUGCCCAUCCGCAAAAGGAAAAAGAAAGUCGAUGCACCUCUUAGCAAAUCUGGCAUCAGGAGAUCCAGGGUCAAACGGAAAAAAACACGCAAAGCAGCUUCUUCAAAACAGACUGCAGCCAAAGACAGCGGUGGCACUUGCAAUGCACCAGAGUCGAUACAAACACAUGCUGCUGAUCCGACCGGACAAGAACCUCCAAUCAAAGCAUCAGAUGAACCUCCAAUCAAAGCAUCAGAUGAAACUCCAAUCAAAGCAUCAGAUGAACCUCCAAUCAAAGCAUCAGAUGAACCUCCAAUCAAAGCAUCAGAUGAAACUCCAAUCAAAGCAUCAGAUGAACCUCCAAUCAAAGCCAAAGCAUCAGAUGAACCUCCAAUCAAAGCAUCAGAUGAACCUCCAAUCAAAGCAUCAGAUGAACCUCCAAUCAAAGCCAAAGCAUCAGAUGAACCCCUAUGUGAUGCUGCUGAUCCGACGGGACAAGAACCUCCAAUCAAAGCAUCAGAUGAACCCCUAUGUGGAGCCAACUCCAGCCAUGAUGCACACAAGCCAAAGCCAGCAGCUUCUUCAAAACAGACUGCAGCCAAAGACAGCGGUGGCACUUGCAAUGCACCAGAGUCGAUACAAACACGCAACAAAGGGAGGCUCCGACAAGCCACAUUGAAAGAGUGCAGCAGAAAGAAGUUUGCAGGUGGCAGAAAGCACACAACAAGCAUCAUAAUUCCUGAAUUGGAGGGGCUCAAGAUUCAACCGCUUCCUUCACUAAAUGACGACAAUCGUUAUUCAGUAUGCGGGGAGACCCUUGAGAUUAGAGAUUUCAAGUCCUUGCAGUUCCCUAAUUGGAUAAAUGACAAGAUUCUCAAUUCCUUUAUGGCACUGCUGUCGAAGGAAAUUAAUGUCAACAGGAGUGGCCACAUCUUCCCAAUCCCUUCGUAUGCUGCAGUACACUGGCAGAGAGCUAUGUAUCAGACAUGGCUCUUCAAGAAGGUGAACAUGCAAAAGUACAAAUGGAUCUUUCUGCCAUUCAACGUUAAUAAGAGUCACUGGGUACUCUUGGCAGCUGAUGUGCAGAGAGGAGAAGUUUCGGUUCUGGACUCCCUACCAACCAAUCCCAACACAUCCAUCAACUGCAUAAAGAAGUUCAAAGCCUACAUGGCAUGCAGAUCAGAGAAAAUUGAAGACCUAGCUGGAACGUCAUGGAAGGUUGGCAAGCUCCAGUCUGCCAGGCAAGAAGAUGGACAUUCCUGUGGGGCAUUUGUCAUGUUGAAUGCUCUUGCCAUUACAAGAGGGAUUGAUCCUCGAAGCGUUGGGAAAUAUGCCAAAGACAUGAGGGUUUAUGUCCAGAAUAAACUGACCACCAACGCUGUGCCCCCACCUGACCAGCGGAAAACCUGUGACAUGGUUGAGUGUCUGAUGGCCCUUUCAAAGAAACCACCUACCAGCACCCGACCUAAAUGGGUGCAGUGCGAUGUUUGUGGUCGCUGGCUGCAUCUGUACUGUGUCUCAAUCAGUGAGGCACCAGGGGAAGGUAUUGAUUAUGUAUGCCCGGUUUGUUGCGCUCAAUAUGCAUAGUCAUUGUGAGUGAUGGAAAGGGUAUGGUGAUAGUAGAUUUCAUUGACUGCACAACUUCACUUAAAGGAGAAUUAACAUCAGAAUUUUAUGUUCCAUCGUAACCUUGUCUGCACUUAUAGGCAGCAUCCAUUUUUCUCCUUAUCUCCUACCGCACCUUGUGUGUUAUGUUGUAUCAGACAGCUACACUGCCAGCUCGAGCUAGAUCCUGUGAAGCAGUUACAGCCAAAGCCCCUGCUUGAUGAGCUUGAUCUUGAGAUUCUACUAAUCAAAUAGAAUUUCCUCAACGCUUUCUUGAUGAUUUCAUUCACAUGACUAUUCCACCAGAGGUUAGCCUGGAUAAUAACCCCAAGCAAUUUCAACUCCUUGACUUCUUCAAGAACAUUGUUACACAGCUCAAUGCGUGGAAAGGGGAUGGCCGCUCAUGAAAACGAUACUUGCAUCACUUUGCACUUUGCUGGAUUUACCCUGUGGCAUACCUCCAGUAGGCAUCAAGGAUGUUGACAGAACACCGUGGUAUCUCGUCACCUGUACCCUUUGGUGUGAAAAGCUGCAAAUCCAUGGGAGGAGUGCUGGACAGGCACCCAUUAGGUGAAGCUUGCUAACAGCAAUGUUGUGGUUCACUAAAUCAAAUGCCUUGGUGAAGUCAGUUUUCACCAUAGUUGACACAGUCUGUGGCUUGUCUGCAUUACUGUGCAAGGUUAACAAGGUAGUGGGUAGUGGAGACACCUUGUCGGUUGCCAAACUGCUGCUUGUCGAUUCCUUGACAAUGUCACCCAACACCCAACAAUUGUUCGAAGCUUGUCAAUAGCUAGUGGAGAUUCCUUGGGGACUGGACAGACAGUUGACUUCUUCCACUGCAUAGGGACUACUCCUUCGAGCAACGAUUCAUUGAUGACAUCACAAAGUGGGGAGCUCCUUUCAUGGAUCAACUCUUUGACUUUUAAUGUGACCCAUGGCUUAUCUUUAUGAUGUUCCUUAAUUCACUUGGAAGGGAAAUAAAGGUUGUUCGCUGAGUUGAGAUCACUGUAGAAAGCUUCACACUUUGCGUUUGCUCCAUUCGCAUUAUAUACUGAAGACCAGUCAUGAUGGACGAUCCAGUCACCAAAGCAUCUUACGUCCGAAUCUCGCAUUAGUUGGAUGGUUUUGCGACAAGUUUGAUAUCUGUGUCUUACUUGGUUGGCUUUUGGAUGCCAUAUUACUCUAUUGUGGUCACUACGUCCUAAAGGCAGUAUUAGUUGAACAGGGGAGUAGUGCAGGUGUAAGUUGGUGAUCUUAUCCAAAAUGGCAUCUUUUAGUGUUGCCUUGUUAACAACUUGUUUCAGUCUAUGACUAUUGAUAAGUUGCGUCAAAUCUAAUCGGUUAACAUCUCAAGUAUGAUUAUUCCUGUGUCUUAAUUGAUAUCUCGCAAAAUUCUCAUUCGUAGAGUUAAUCAAGUUUGAAUGCAUAAUGUCACUAUUUGGAUGAUUCGGGGGGUAAUAUACACCAACGCCACAAAGAUAGAUGAUACAGUGCGGGGUAAUCAGUGUGGCUGUAGUCUGAUCCUGACAACCUCAAGUUUGGGUGGUACGCUGAUAAAUGGCACGGGGGUGUUGAGCUAUGCCAUCCAAAAGUGUGAAAAGUGGCUUUUCUUAGCUUACCUAAUGUUGCUAAGGGUUUUGAAUCUGCCAUACUGAGCUUUGACAACUUACACUACCCACAAUACUAAAUGUUACUCAGAAUUAUGGACGUCUGUAAUUAUGAACAAUUUUUUUCAAUUAAUGGGUCUUUCCAAAGAAAAUGUUACGGUAUAUGUAGUUGUGCAUGCAGUUAGGGCUUCAAUAUUACACCAUAUCACAGACACUGG